GCCAGCAUGGAUGUACAGGGUUCCUCUACAAUUUCCUUUUGUGAAAAUGGCACAGAGCAACUGAAAGCUUCCUCCUCCAAUUGCAGUGGAACCAUUCUGGCAGAUGACAUGGACACCUACCAAUUCUACAUUGUAGGUCUUUUCCUCUCCUGCCUUUACACCAUCUUCCUAUUUCCUAUUGGCUUCAUCGGAAACAUCCUCAUACUGGUGGUCAACCUCAACCAUAGAGACAGGAUGACCAUCCCAGACCUGUACUUUGUAAACCUGGCAGUGGCUGACCUCAUUCUGGUCGCCGACUCACUGAUCGAGGUCUUCAACCUGAACGAGAAGUACUACGAUAUCGCUAUCCUUUGCACUUUCAUGUCACUCUUCCUCCAGGUCAAUAUGUACAGCAGCAUUUUCUUCUUGACGUGGAUGAGUUUUGACCGCUAUGUGGCCUUGGCCAGCACUAUGAGCACCAGCCCCCUUCGGACCAUAGAACACGCAAAACUCAGUUGCAUCCUCAUCUGGGGCGCCUCAAUUCUUGCAACUCUACUGCCCUUCACCAUAGUGCAGAUACAGCACAGAGGUGAGGUGAACUUCUGCUUUGCAAAUGUCUUUGAGAUCCAGUGGCUAGAGGUGACCAUUGGUUUCUUGGUGCCCUUUUCAGUCAUUGGCCUGUGCUACUCGCUCAUUGUUCGCACCCUGAUGCGGGCACAGAAGCAUCGAGGACUGUGGCCCAGAAGGCAGAAGGCGCUUCGUAUGAUCGUAGUUGUGGUGCUCGUCUUUUUCAUCUGUUGGUUACCUGAGAAUGUCUUCAUUAGCAUCCAGCUUCUGCAGGGCACUGCCAACCCUUCUCGACGAAAUGCAACCACACUGUGGCAUGACUAUCCACUGACUGGCCACAUCGUCAACCUGGCUGCCUUCUCCAACAGUUGCUUAAACCCCAUCAUCUACAGCUUUCUGGGGGAAACCUUCAGGGAUAAGGUGCGCCUUUAUGUCAAAGGGAAGGCCAGCUGGUCUGCGCUCUACAGACUUUGCCAACACACUUUGGAUUUACAAAUACCUAUAAGGAAUGAUGCGUCAGAGGUAUAAUGUCUGAAAAGCACUGGGAAGUUUCUAUUAAGUCAUGCUGAAUACAUGGCCAGUGGAAAAAACACAAGGUCCAGAAUGUACCAACAUGAGCUUAACUG